AGAACUUUUCCUGGUCCAGGACUGUUAUGGAGGACUGGUGCUAUUUUCGGUCCGUCUCUAUUCUAUUCUCUAAUACGAUUCUGGGAUUUUUUGCUGUUACGGCGGGCGUUCUCACUGGCGCUUUUGGCGCGCAUGCCUUGAGGGGAAGACCCGGUAUGACCCCCGACAAAAUCCACGCUUUCCAGACUGCGUCCCAAUAUGCUGUUUUCAACGGUUUGGCCCUGCUGUUGGUAUCAAUGCAUCCUCGAUUUGCAUUCCAUCCCUUUACUGGACCUGCCAUCGCCACAGGAGGUCUUUUGUUUUCCGGUUCAAUAUUCGCAUUGACCCUGAACAGCAAAUUAAAACCUUUGGGUCCCAUAACGCCAUUAGGUGGAGUUUUUCUCAUUGCUGGAUAUCUCUCCCUUGCCAUUUGAUGUAUCUUAUAAACCUUUCUGCUGAUUGUUGUGACUAUACUAUUUCUCAUUUCGUCUUUUACAAGACAGUAAAUAUCCUUGAAGUUUGCAUAAGUCAUUUGUUGUCUCCGGUAGUAUGCGUACGUCAAGAAUUGCGCCUUUCUUCCUUUCUCUCACAGAAAACGUUUGAACAACUGAAUACAAUGAUUAUAAAAGAGGCUGGGCCUGGCCACAUUCUUUCACAAGCACACCCUGGGCCUCCCUUAGAAUCGUCUUUUUUGCUC